UAAACACGGCUAGCCUUAGAGCAUGACAUUGUGUUGAUCUUCUAAAGACGCAGGGGCUGGCAAGAUGGCUCAGUCGGCCAAGGGCCUACUGCAUAAGCAUGAGGACCUGAGUUCAGACCCCCAGCAGUGGUCAACAACAACAGCAGCAGGUUGGGCACAGUCGUUUCUGUAACCCCAGCAUCGUGGAGGCAAAGACAAAAGAUUCCUGGAACUCAACCUCCAGCCUGUGCUGGGUUCUCCAAGUUCAGUGAGAAGCCCUGGUUGAAGAAGAUACCUUAUGUUGGCCUUUGGCCUCUCUACACAAUAUACCCACAUGCAUGCACACCGGAAUGGGCAUGCACACACACACACACACACACACACACACACACACACACACACACACACACACACUCGAAAAGGUUACAGGCCUCUGGUUGUAAGAGUAACACUUUUAAAAGCAUAAAUUACAGUUUGGGCAAUCACAUUAGGUAACUAAGAGCCGUCCUCAAAACCGACUAAUCUCACACACUGCUUCAGAGGAAGGUGUCCAGUGGGUAGAACUCACAGGGUGUGGAAAACAGGUCUCUUGAGCUGGUAUGGAGUCCCACCGAAGGAGAUCGAGGGUUACUGCUACAGUUCUACCGUUGUAAGCCUAAGUUCCCUGUGCCCCACCUGCCAGGCCAGAACUCCAUUCUUACCCGACACUAACACACACAAGAUAAAAUGUCUGUUGUACGCUUCUACUUUUAAAAAAUUAUGUGCAUGAUGUAUAUGUGCUUGUAUGAGUUCUGUGCAUCGUGUACCUACAGAGGCCCGAAGAGGACACUGGAUUCCCUGAACACAGAGUUAACAGGAAGGUGUGAACCCGAGACCUGGGUCUUUUGCAAGAGCCGCGAGUGCUUUUAACCAAUGAGCAUCUCUUCGACAUUUCCCUACUUUUUUUUUAUUUUUAAGGAUUGUCCACUUUUAUAUAAUAGUUAAUCAACAACCAAUCUGGUUGUGUUGAACGAGAUGCCUAAUUAUUAAAAGUCCUCUACCAAGUAAAAGACUUAAAACCAACCUUGUGACUUACCAAACUUAGAAAAAUGGGUGACGCUGGGGUCUGUGUUUUAAGCGACCCAUGUUUCCCCUAUUUAACACCAAAACUAAAGGACUAGAUGCAAAGCUGUCGGCACGGUCUGGCCACUCAACUGUCCAGCAUCUCACUGAGAGAAAGCAGUACAGUGUCCUUCACUCAAAGUUGACUCCAUCUUUCCUCUUAACGCUCACAGGUCAUACGUGGUCAAUGCCAUUCUUUGGCAUCUGUGAAGGAGCCACAUUCACAGAGACUCUGAAUUCUACAGCCCUGGUGAACAGCGCAUGUUCCUAUGAAGAGAUGACCCAUUUGGGAGAAAUGUCUGAGGGUGACUGCUAAGGACAGGUCCAUCCCAACAGGUCCCCAGAAAACCUCACUGCAUCUUCAAGGACAAGCAGACUCAGCUGCUAUCUAAACUUGGGGUGCACUCAGCCGAGUUCCUCUGAGGACACGUGAGGCAGCCUGACCAGGUAUUGUCAAAUCGGUGAGACUGAUGGCUCCCAGCAGGCACUCCAGAUGUGCUUACCUUAGGAGGGAGAGGGAAACAGCCUCCUUUCUAGAUGAAGAAACGACACACAGGGCAGUCCAGGCAUUUGCUGAAGGGUCUGAAGGCUGUAAGUGGUGACACAGUCCAGGACACUGUCACCCUUUACUGACCUGGAGUCAGAGUCAGGAGUGAGUCUGGCCUCUAGGUGCAAAGUGAAGCCUGUGACACUCAGACCUCUUUGUGGCCUGGAUUGCAAAAGUCACUAAGAGUGUGGUAGGGGUGGACACCCUCGGAAGGUAAAUCUCGGGCUGGCAAGAUGGUUCAGCAAGGAAAGGCACUUCCUGUGCAAGCCUGGUUACCCAGAACCUAUGAAAAGGUAGGAGAGAACGGAUUCUAUCAAGUUGUCCUCUGGACUCCCUAGGUCCUCGAACACCACAGUCUUUUUUACAAAGGUAAGUUUAAAUGGCAAAGCCACCCCAGAAAGCCGUUUAGUCCUGAGGGUGAGGAGGGUAGUUACGUAAGCAUGAAAGCUUUCCGGCAUAGGUUGGAGGUUAACUGAAAUCUUAGGGUGGGUUAGCAGCAAGGCGCUGGACUAUUAACAGUUCAUAGGGACAGACAAGAGGUCAAACUGGUUCCUCUGGUGAGCUCUGCCUGGGGUUUCUCCUAUGAUCAGCCGUAGUAGCUCAGGCUCUUGGGCAACUCCACAGCUGCUCUGCCAGGGGGAGUGGGUCAGGGGGGAAGCUUACGUUUCCCAAGAGUCUGCAACAUCCCUCCGCGAUCACUAAAGGCUUCAGCCACCUUCUCAGGGGCUGCUUCUCCAAGCUCUACUUGUGGGCUGUUGUAACCAAGGGCACAAUGCCAGUUAAGAAGGUUUAUAGGUGGAAAGAAUCCCGUCCUCAUGCCGCGCUGUAGGACAAGUACUGGGCAAUGAUCGGCGAUCGGUCUCGAGAGAAAUACCCUCUGCUGUGCAAAUGAGGGAUGCCACACGCGUGUCUACCGGCCUGGUGAGGGAACUGUGUAUGUACCCAGAUGCUCUCUCCUAAAAAUACCCUCCACCCCAAACCUCUAGGAAGCAAGAUAUUCUUUACGACUUUACUCAUGGAAGCAGAUUAACAGGUAGCCUUAGAACAACUAUUAGAAGAUCAGCUGACACUGGAGGACGCAAUUACAUUUAAGACCUUCCCCCAGUGAACUUAGCACUCAAAGUCAUCUUUAUUCAGACAACACAAAUUGCACAAUCAGCCAAAAUCGGAGCAAGACGGUGACACCUUGGGGACGAAGCAGCAAGAGGCAGGAUAGCACAGAGCAGCAAGGAAGUCUUAACUUCACAAACUACACCCCAGGAAAGCUGAGGGCUACAAGCCAAGAGAUCAGCCCCCAGUGAGCUACCCACACAGCCUUUGGCCGGCAGUGGGAAUCUUAUCCAGUGGUCUGACAUUUUGGGUGCCUCUGGGUUAUUCCCAUCUUUUUCUCCACUGUGGAAGAGCAGGUGGGCAGGGAGCGUGGGAGUGACACAGGAGAAGUCCAGCAGCAUGGAGGAAGUUUGCUAUGAACAAAGACCCUUAGCAGGGAGCAGCUGUGGAGGAAAAGCGGCAGGGCUGCGGUCAUGCAGCUUGGAUCCCUCACACUGGGGACACUCCCUGUGUAGACAGACAAUGGUUAUGGGAGGCAGCAUAUGGCGUAGGUCCCAAUAACUAAGGCUGAGUAGGCUGCUUAGUAGAAAAUACAAUAAAAAAACAAAGAGGUCUGCCUUUGUCCUUGAGCGCUACAGACUCCACCUCUACGGUGGAAGGGGAAGUCAUAUCGGCAUUUAGAGGCCUGGAGAGGGGCUGCCUGAUGAUGAUUUUGAGACCAACCUACAACUAUGUUCUCCCUUGGCUUCUGGUUCCAACCUUCCCAAAGUCUAGAAUGGACCUACGGCCAAUUCCAGGGAACUAAUAUAUCCUGGUUCUGUUACUUCUCCUUUAAACAGGUCUGCUUAUGCCACCUACCAUUCAAAAAGGCUGUAUACAAUCUACAAGGUCCCAGAAGAAAAAGGAGGUAUAGGGCUCUCCAACCAGGGAAGAAUCGGCAUUAACCUUUGGCCUUGCUCUCCAGCCAAACUAUAUGCAAGAUGCCUGGCUGGGCCUUAUCACAGCUGAUGCAAUGCGAAAGGAUUCAAAUGUGGCAAGGGCAAGCACGGAGCCAAAGAAAGCAGAAUUAAAACCCGCUGCCAAGGAGUAACCAAGCUAUCUGCCAUCGAGAAUCAGAAGGGGUUACUGCUACAGAGAGGCUCACAGCUAAGAUGGUGGCUGCUCUUGCAGAGGCCCAGAGUCUGGUUUCCAACACUUACAUCGUGGCUUACAACCACCAUAGCUCAGAGCUCCAGGAAUUCCAAUGCUUUCUUCUGACCUCUGUGGGCGUCAGGGAUGCAGGCGGUGCACAGACAUACAUGCAGGCAAAACACUCACCUAUUAAAUAAAUCUUAACUGAAAAGUCAGAGGGGCCCAAGGGACAGCACAAAACACUAAAGUGCCUGCUGUACAAGCUUGGGGACUUCUGUUUGCAUCUGCAGUACUCAAUGUGAAAUUCUGGUGCCUUUAUGUGUGACUGUGACCUCAACUCUGUAGAGGUGGAUCCCUGAAGCUCACUGGAUGGCCAGUCGGCCCAGCUGAAUUGAUGAGCUCCAAUUUGAGUGAGAGAUCUUGCCACAAAAGAUGAUAUGGAGAGUGAUGGAGGAAGGCACCCAAGGUCACUCUACACACACACACACACACACAUACACACACACAAAGAGAAACACACACAGAGACACACAGAGAGAGACACACACACACUUACACACACACUCACACACACAGAGAGAUACACAGGCAGACAUAGACAGGCACACAGACACAGACACAAAUACACACACAGACACAGACACACAGACACAGACACACACAGAUACACACACAGACACACAGACACAGACACACACAGAUACACACAUGCAUGCACACACACACACACAGAGAGAGACACACACUCACACACACAUAGACAUACACACAGAGACACACACACACAGAGACACACAUACACAGAGACACACACACAGACAGAGAGAGACACAUGCACUUAGACACACACAGACACACACAUACAGAUGCACAGGCAGAGACACACACAGAGACACACAGGCAGACAUAGACAGACACACACACAGACACAGAUACACACAGAUACACACACAGACACAGACACAGACACACAGAUACACACACACAUGCACAGACACACACAUACACGCACAGACACACAUGCACGCACACACAGAGACACACACAUACAUACACACUCAUGCACACAGAACACACACAGACACAGACACACUCACAGACACACAUACAGACACACACACAGACACAGACAGAUACACACACACGCACACACACUCACAGACACAUACAGACACACACACAGACACAGACAGAUACACACACACGCACAGACACAUACAGCCACACACACAGAUACAGACACACACAGAUACACACACAGACACACACUCACAGACACACAGACAGACACACAUGCACAGACACACAGACAGACACACACGCACAGACACACACAUGCACACACACACAGACACACAUACACACACAUGCACGCACAGACAGACACACACAGAUACACACACACGCACAGACACAUACACAGCCACACACACAUGCACACACACACAGACACACACACAUGCACGCACAGACACACACACAUGCACACAUGCGCGCGCACACACACAGGAAUCAGGAGAAUGAUGACUGUGCAUAAUCGUAUUCUAAAGAAGAGCAGGUGGUUGAACAAAGACCAGGGCAUCACCUACAUCUUAAGGCACAAAACGAAGCCAAGCUCUGCGCUGUACAGAAAGCAGGACUUUAGCACUGAAGCCUCUGCUGCUCUUUCGGUGAGAAAUGAGUUCAUCAAGCACCCCUUAAACAGAAGGGUUGGAAACAAGGCCACAACUGAGUUAAAAAAAAAAAAAAAAGCAUACGAAGCCACUGCUCGGUGAGUAGAUUUUUAAACACUGGUCCCUGUUUGACUCCCACAUGUAACUCAGAGCUGGAAAUCCAGCACGGAUUGUAGAAACACAGAUGUCGUCGUCUAGAGGCUUGCUAGGAACAGGGCAAAUCCAAGAGAGAAAAAGUUAUCCAAGGCUUAGAAGAUGGUAGAUGUGGGCAGUGCCUACGCUGAGGUAGGCGAUUGCUGGUAAGCCCGCCCCAGAGCACGGGAGGGUCGGCAUGGAGGGUGGCAACCCCACUCUCAGGCUACACACUCCCCUUCAGCUCUCACCUCCCCUGCAGGAAGGCACACGGGGACUGACCUCUGGCCAUGCAGUGCAAAUCUGGAUUACUUCUUCAAAUAAUCUGCCGUCCUAAUCUUACUGCAGACUCUGGAGAGCAGUGAUUAAGUUUCCCAACUUCUCCACAUCAGCUCUGCCAUAUCACUGCCACUGCUCCAUGUUCUCCGAACCCCGCUGGCUUACGACAAACAUUUAUUAUUGGUCUUGACGUGUUCUGACAAGAUCUCUUGGGAGGUUACACCAUCCCUGGGGACCCAUCCCCAAACCACAUAUAUAUAGUCUAGGUCCUCUCGUGUGGACCGGGACUCUCCAUGUGUCUAAAUCACUGGCAUUCAGCUUCCACAGAGCAAGUGACGGACAGAGCCAAUGAGGGAGUAUGGCCGACUUAAAGGGCAAGCUGUAUCCUGCUAAUGACCUAUUCUCAUGCCACUCAGGACUUCAGACAAUACUAAUACUGAUGACAUGGUAGGACAUUGUACACGCUAUAAAGACCAGGGGUGGGGAAUGCUGGCUUCUAGCAUGGAGGCUGGUUGCUAGGCUCCCUACUCUGAGUCCUUAGAUUUCUACUAAACAUGGAACAGACGCAACGUCGUAGAACGUGAAACUGGUAUUUCAUUUUCUAUCUGGUCUAAGCUGACACUCUCAUGCUCUCUGCUUAGCUGUUGGCUAAUAGCCCUCUAGUGCAGGAAAACACACACACACACACUCACACACACACACUCACACACACACAGAGUGUCUUUCAAAGUAUCAUAGUGUCUUCAUCAUUCUUAAAGGCGAGCCCUCCUCUACCUCAACCAUCAAGAUAGUGUUUUGGACUGAAUCUGAUUUCUGAUGCAGAAGCAGUGAAAAGUCUGCCAUGGAGUUGGGUGGGCCAGGGCUUCUGUUAUCCGAGGUGGCUUGAUCCACUGGUGCUAUAUAAGCUAUUGAGAGGUACUUAAGUCACGCACGGUACUCCCCAGGAUGAUGGGGAAGACGGAGAAAGAGGACGGUAAGCAGGAGGCACUGGGAGCACACGGUCUGUGUGAUCUGUAGGAGUCUAAAUCUGCAGUUUUUAUGCUAUGUUAAGAAAGAACAGAAGAGAUGACAUGGUGGUACAUGGCCUGUAAUGCCAGCAUUUGGGAGGCUGAGGCAGGACUAGGUAUUCAGGAUCAGUUUCUGCAGCAUACAAGCUGGAAGCCGGUCCCUUAAAGGAAGGAAUGGGGGAAGGAGCGAGGGAGGAACUCAGUUCAGCCCUAAUGCAUUUAACUUCCUAACAUCACAUUGAACUGUGAGGCUAUAAAAACCUUAAGAGGUCCAGCGGCUAAAACGGAAUCAAGGGCUGAAUCACUUGCUUUGGGCAAAGAAAGAUGUAUUUUUUAUCUAAUGUGUAUGUGUGUGCCUCGGGAUGCCAGAGGAGGAUGUCAAUAACCCAGAUCUGGAGUUUCACGUGAGCUGCCUGACGUGGGUGCUGAGAACUGAACUCCAGUCCUCUGGAGGAGCAGGAAGUGCCUGCCCUUACUGCUGGGCUGUUUCCCCAGAACCCUUUAUCCAGCAAAAAUUUUCCACCUUCAUUCAUGAGAGACAUUUUUUCACUGGAUCCAGAAUACCAGAUUGGCAAGCUUUUACUGUACAUAUUUGAAAGAUGAUCCAUUGUGUUCUAGCUCAAAGAACUUGGUGAAAACUCUGAAUUAGUUUCUUAUGUUUAUUUCUCUGCAUAUAAUAAAUCUCUUUUUCUGACUUUUAGGAGUUUUUUUUCUAUCACUAAUCUUCAACAACCCGAUUUCACUGUAGCACUGUGUGUGUGGUGUGUGUAGUGUGUGUGUCUGUGUGUGGUGUGUGUAUGUGUGUGUGCCUGGUGUGUUUGUGUGUGUGUGUAUGUGUGGUGUGUGUGUGGUGUUUGUGUGUGUGUGGUGUGUGUAGUGUGUAUGUGUGUGUCUGUGUGUGGUGUGUGUAUGCGUGGUGUGUGUGUGUAGUGUGUUUGUGUGUCUGUGAGGUGUAUGUAUGUGUGUGUGUGUGGUUCAUGUUUGUCUGUAUGUGUGUGGUAUGUUUGUGUGUGUGUGUGUGAGAGUGUGUGUGUGUAUGUCUGUGGUGUGUGUAGUGUGUGUGGUGUGUGUCUGUGUGUGUGCAUGGUGUGUGUGUGUGUGUGUGUGUGUGUGUGUGUGUGUGUGUGUGUGUGUUUCCUGCAGUUGGAUCUGGGCCUUUACAGUUUCCAUCAACUCUGGAAAAUGUUUAGCCAUUAUUUAUUUUUUCAAAUAAAAUAGUUUUGCUCUCUCCCUUCCCAUCUCUUCUUGCAAGCCCACUACACAUCAGGCUUUGAUACUCUGGGUAAUCAGAGGUUUGUUUGGUUUUUCUCUAUGUCUGUCUUCUCUCUCUAUGCUUCAGUUUAUAAAGUUCUGUUGUUACAUUUUCACAUCCAGUGUCCUUCCGGACAGUCUAAUUCUUUGUAUGCUUGUCCACUGAAUGUUUCGGAAAAUUUAUUUUCCAUUCCAGAAAUUCCAUGUGGCUCUCUCUAAAAUCUUCCAUUGCACUCCUUGUUACGAUCUGAUUUCUCUUUAAAACCUUUAGCAGGGAGCAGGGGAGAUGGCUCAAUCUGUAAAGUACCUGCUAGGCUAGGACGAAGACCUGAGUUCAAAUCCAUCACCCAAGCAGAAGCUUGCUGUGGCAGCCUGUGUCUGUAACCCCAGCACCAGGGGAACAGAGAAGACAGAUCCCUAGAGCUCAUGAGCCAGAAAGCCUAGUCCAGUCGAUGAGAUCCGCUUGGUGAGAGACCCUGACUCAAAAAAUAAGGUCGAGAGCAAUUGAGGGAGACAAGUGAUGCUAACCCUGGGCCUUCGCGCAUGUGCAUGCACACCCAUGAUCACACAUGUAUACACACACCCAUGAUCACACAUGUGUAUGCACACCCAUGAUCUAACUAGGUCUUCUGGCUUGCUAGUACACUUUUCCUCACUUGUUUCUAUUUACAUUGAUUGGGUUUUCAAAUGUACCAUUGAGUCCCACACUUGCCACCCCAAGGCCACCAUUAUCUUACCUGUUGUCACUAUAGAUUAAAUUCCCUUUUUCUAAGAUUUCAUAUAAUUGAGACAUACUAUAGUUUGAUAUUUGGCUUCCUCCGCUUGGCGUUUUCAGCCAUGAGCAUCAGCCAUGUUAUGCUGCAUCAGGCACCAAUGGCUUUACUCCUCCUAGUUGUGAACAUCUACCCCAUUGUUAAGAUAUACCAUGGCUACCUAUGCACAAGUUCACAAACACUUGCACUAUCCCUCUUGUUUUGUUGGUAUCCAUGUCAUCUUCCCCGGAAGAACCCAGAGGUAACACUGCUUGGUAGUGGGGGACAUGGAACUUUAUAAGACAAUGGCAAGUGACUUUCCAAAGUGUGUGUGUGCUGCUCUCGUGUCUAGCUCUCAUAUAUGAAAGUGGAGGAGGUCAUAUUCUUUUUGUGCUUGGUGUUGUUGGUCAGCCUUUUUAACUUUUACUCUUGUGUGGAUGAAUAGUGGUAUCUCAUCACUUUUUAAUUCGAGUUUUCUUGGUGACUAAGAUUGUCUUUCCAUUGGCUCUUGUGAUCUUCAGGAGAAAGGACUAUUAGCCUCUUCCUUACUGAAGAGCAUAUCGUCCCUUUCCACUGAGUUCUAAGAAUUCUCCACAUGUUCUAGUCACAAAGGCUUGGCCAACAUUGGUAUUGUGUUUCCUCCUAGUUUACGGUCUACCUCUCAAAAGUGAAUGCUAUUUCUGACGGACAGUCCGUACGUGUGUUUAGAGAGUGCUGCGAUGUGUGACACCUGUAUACAAUGUGGCAUGAUUAAGUCAGGUUAAUUCUGUAGCUAUCAUGUCACUUAAUGGGUUUUCUGGUGACAUUUAAAACGUCCCCUUUCAACUAUUUUUAAAAUACAGACAUAGUCCUUUUCUGAAACAUUUCAGACCAGUGUUCCUGAUUUUACAAUUUUUUGGAUUCUGGAAUAUCUUCAUGCACUUCCUAAGCAUUCCUAGUUGAAAAUCUGAAACAGUUUUCUAUACUGUGUGUGUGUGCGUGUGUGCGCGUGUGUGUGGGCAUGCAAGCCACAUGCGUGAGAGGAGGGCAGAGCACAGCUUUGUGGAUUCAGGGCUCUCCUCCCACCAUCAUGUGUUCUGGUGACUGAACUCGGGUUCCCACACUGGUGUGGUACUUGUGUUUACCACCGAGCCAUCUUGAUGGGGAAAAAAUCUCAAGCUUUUUUUUUUUUUUUUAAAUUGUCAUGUUAGAUUUGGGCUAGGGAUCUUCAAUCUCUACUUAAAAGAAUAUGUAAAUUACUUUUAAAAUACGUGUGUGUGUGUGUGUGUGUGUGUGUGUGUGUGUGCAUUUGUGUGUGUGUGCACAAGGUUAGAAGAUAACUUUGCACAGCUUGUUCAAGGGGUCAAAAUCAGGUCACCAGACUUGCAUGACAAGUGGCUUUAUGGCCAUCUUGCUGGUCUCAUCCAAAUUACUCUCCACUAUGGUCAUGGCAGUCAGAGAUCACACUGACUCGAACCCUUUAACCAACAACGCCUUGCCUCUUCAGCAUUUGAAAGAAUAGAAAAUGUAAGCUGGGCACGAGUGGCACACACUUUAAUCCUAGCACGUGAGGGGCAGAAACACAAACCUCUGUGGGUUCAAGGCUGGGAUAGUGAGAUAAAACAAGCGACGAAGGAACAGAGAGUUUAAAUGAAUUCUGACGUCAUUUUUAAUGAUAAGCGUUUAGUGUCCCAAGAAAUCCUUGCCCAUAGUCAGACUUCUUGUUUGCAUGGUUCCUUCUAGAACUCUUCUGGCUUCCCUGUCUACAUUCUGAGCUGUGAUCUAUUUCUAGUCAAUUUUAAUAGGGCACUUUGUUGUGAUUUUUCCCCUCCACUUCAUCCAGGGUUCUUAGCUCACUUUUGUAGAAAAUAGCUUUUGAGAAAGCAAUUCACUACGUAGCUCAGGCUAGCCCAGGCUUGUGAUGCUCUUCCUGCUUCGGCCCCGAGUGUCAGAGGAAUCCCAAUCUUAACGUACCUGCCAUGGCUCUACUAUCCGCCGAGACGUAUCUGACUUGCUCCACUUCAGCAGAGAUCCUGACGGUGAGCAGGCCUGGCUGCUCACCCGACUUGGUCUAUCAUUAGAGUUAGACACCAUUCUUUUUGUCCAACCACAUUUCAGCGUGUCUGUCCACGCUGCAGUCAUGUCAAAGGACUGAGGUCUCUUUGUAAAAGAUUCAGAGCACGGGGGGUUGGGGAUUUACCUAGCAAGCGCAAGGCCCUGAGUUCGGUCCCCAGCUCCGAAAAAAAAAAAAAAAAGAAAAAGAAAAAAAGAUUCAGAGCACGGAGUUUCUAGAAGCUAAAUGUGUGCAGGUAACAGUGGGCAGUGCACCUUAGAGGACACGGACGCCCACCCUCCUUCACGCCCUGCUGCAUGAGUCUCUCACCUGCGUCCUCGGUCGGUAUCCUUUACAGGGAACCAGUGAACUGGGCAGGAGAUGGCUCAGUGGUCAAGAGUACUCACUGCUCUUCCAGAGGACCAGAGGCCAGUUCUCAGCACCCACAGCCAGCAGCUCACAUUCAUUACCUCAGCUGCAGGGGUUCUGACGCCUCUGGCCUCUGAGGUACCCGCCUUCAUGUGCACAUAUGCACACCACUGCCCCCCAUACAUGAAAAAGAUAGAGGGCUGUGUGAAGUCCAAUGUGCAGUCAGACUCAGGAGCACAGGUAAAGCAGCCUGAGGCUCGAGCUGGCAGCUAGAGGAAGGAAGAUGGUCUUGAAGACAUCCCCCUCCUGCACAGACAUCCCUCCAGACAUAAAGCCUGAAGAGAGAAUGCUAGGAUGGAACCAACAGACGGCAGUGCACAGGUAUCUGCUAGGCCAGAGUGGGUGGCCUGUUAGAACUGACUAAGAGAAAUUCUAGUUUGUCUCUCCUGCCUCAGGGAGGGAGUUAUUAGCCAAGAGCAGUGGAAGAAAUUCCUCACUUCUGCGCUGAGCAGCAGUCCACAUUGCAAACAUGUAGCAGAAGAAAGUGAGUUCUGGUUUGUAUACAUGUAUAAAGGCUUGGUGUUUUAAGCUACAUACUGUUUGCUAGAGCACUUGGGUGUCGCCCCUCACGCACUUACUGAGUGCCUCGGUUAAGGCCUCCCCACUAUACCCACACAGAGCUCUGAUGUCUCUGGGUCCUGCAAACUGCUCUCUAGCAGCUACUCUUCCUGGUCAUGAGCUCUACCCAGCCGUCAGACCUUUCCAAGAGUCUUGAGGGAAUCCCAGGGUACACAUCUACAGCUUUCUCUUGUGCAGUUCCUUUCCCUACAUACCUUCUCCUGCAAGUUCCCCUUUGCUUCUGUCUCUAACUCUGCCUUCUUAACACAUCACACUUUUGGCUACGUGUGGGUUCCUCGCUGCUCUUCAAUGUGGGGACGGUCUCCAGGCAGGAUGCUGGGCCCUCCCUUGGGGAAGCAGCAACUGUUGUUCAAGGACCACAGACAAGAGUUGUGUGUGUUCUGCCCUGCUUUCUGGUUGCUUAUAGGAAAAGGGUAGGUUGCCCUUUCACAGCAUCUACUUUUGCACAGGCUAAAGUCGAAUGCAGCCACUGAGGAAAGAGCACUCGGGCUUCGAGAUCCAGCCCUGUUCUCCUCCAUGCUGCCCACUGUACCUAGGAAACCCUGCGCUCACGAUCUCAGUGAGAACGCAGGCGGCUCUCAGUCAGGAAGAGGCAUCCUGUGGUGUGAACACAACGGUCACUGCACACCACAGGCUGCGCGAAGGCAGGGAGGCCUAGAGCUGGACUAAGAGCCAUUGGGAUUGAGUCACACUUUUGUCAGUUGACACUAACUGUUGGGUAUCUUCACGCAGGUACCAACCAGAUCAAACUGGUCACGCACCUUCACUCUCGACUUGUGAUUUUAACUGCCCAACCAUUGAGGCUUUGGCCGGAAACUGACAAACAGAUCCUGUAUUUACGUAGUCUUACACUAUCACUUGGGGCUAGGAGUGGGUAUGUACCUAAUGGUACAGCAUCUGGUUAGCAUUGACUAGCUUGUAUGAGGUUCUGAGUUCGACACUCAAGAUCCCAGCACCACCAAAACACUAACUAAAUUCUUCUGUAAGUUCCAUGUUAAUUACAAAGGGAGAGACUUCACGGCAGAAAGACUUAGAAGAAUCAAGUUAUUAAGGAACCAAUGCUGGUGCCUCAGAUUAGGACCAACCAGUGUGACACUAACAUCACUUAGGUGGCAGCUCUGCCCACAACAUGUAAGGCAGAAGCUGUCGCAAGCAAAUGGAGCCCAGCAAGCAGGACAGAAUAGUUGCGACAGCAUCAGGGUGACUUGAAGGUGUAAACACAGGGCUGGGAAGACGGUUCAGUGGGCAAGCUUUGUGCUCCACAAGCAUGGGAACUCACGUAAAACCCAGAUCUGGCAGCCCAUGAUUGUAGCUCCCGCCCUGCCCUGGCAGGACUGAGAUAGGAGGAUGCCUGGAGCUUGUUGGCCAGACAACCUAGCUUAUCGGCAAGCCGUAGGUCCAGUGAAAGAUCUUGUCUCACAAACCAGGGUGGUCAGCUCCUGAGAACCGCCAUCCAAGGCUGGCCGACCUCUGCCCUCCACACCAACAUUCUCUGUACACAGAGGAAGAGGAACAGGCACAGGAAGCGUGUGGGCAAGGGGAGGAGGCAGGCACUCGCGUCACGGUACAGGGGCACCCCUGCCUCUCAGUAUCUGCUAACUGGGCGGCUAACAUGUAAGACUAUACCAGCUACAGCAUCUGCAGCUCAGACACGACACGCCGGUGAGAGGUCAAAACGGAGUGCCAACCACCAGGGCACCGUCCUAAUUUAGCCUGAGCUCCUGCUGUAAUACAACAGCAGAUGUGGUCGGUGGAGAGAGACCAGCCAUCCCCACGUCAUAGAGCAGGGGCGUGCAAAUGCCCCAGGUGGCACUCUUCUCUCUACCCUCUAUUUCCUGAUGCCUUAUGUCACACCAGGCCAAAAUUCGGCCUGUUACUGUCCACGUGGGCCUGGUCCCAGGACCUCGACCACAGGGGAAUGAGAUCACACUGUAGACAGCUGCUGCUGGGUAUGCUGUAUACCAGCCCUUGGGAGGCUGAGGUGAAAGGACUUGCCUGAGCCUGAGGUGACCUACACAGCCAGCAUCAGGUCAAACAAGCCUAUAUAACAAGAACAAAGCUGUCCUCAGAAUGCUGUGGCACCCAUUCCAGUGACACUGAGCCCAACUGUAACGUUCUUGAUGACUGCCCCUGAAUAUUCUCCACUGUUCUGGAGUGUUAGUUAUUUUCUUAAACACAUUCUGGGGGGAGGGGAAUCACUAUUAGUUGAAUUAAUAAACAUUUAAGCUACCUCUGCUUACUUUAAUUUCCUGUAACCCAAUGUUUUUGUUAUUAUGUUGCCAACAACUGACAGGACUUCUCACAGAAGAAUCUGAGAGAAUUACAAAAACCGGGGUUUUUUUCUUUUUUCUUUUUCUUUUCUAUGCUGGGGAUCAAACCCAGGCUCACGCAUGCUAUAAAUGCUCUACCACUGAGCCAAAUCCCAUCUGCAAACCAGGACAAGAUUAACGAAUCCCAUCUUCACAAAAUUAACACUGUUUUUCAACCCUGUGACUGUAGGAACCCAACACGUUCUUAUCUCGGGCCCCUCCUGUGCUGGACCCAUUUCGGGGAAGCCAUGGAACCAGUAACUCAGACUUGCAGUUCGCUAGCCGAGGAGAGCCAGAUGUGUGACACAUUUGUUCAAACGUGCUCACUGUCUCCCGCACUCCUCUCUCUAGAUGAACACAACAGUGGUGGGUACAGAUGGCCUUGCUUGCAGGAGCUGACAAGGAUUCAUCCCAAGUACACUGAAGGGUUCGGGCCACCUCAGCCAGGACAUUUGAACUGCAGGAUCUGCACAGCCACAAGAAUCUGUAGCAAGUCUUUAAGGGGGCCAAUGCCUUACCCACCAGGGAACUGCAUGUCUAUAUCACACCUUUAAAGAAGUAUCAAAGCCAACAAGAAGACCAUGCAGCAGCCCCUGAAGCUCCCUUCUUCCUCUCUGGUUCCCUUCCGGUGUGAUACACGAUCAUAACGAACCCCCACUCCUUUCCUGACAGGAGCCUGUUUCCUGCACACAGCACCCUUCAGAAUGAAAGUCCCAGGAGCCAAUGGAAUGGCAAGGAGGUGAGCCUACUGAAAACUCAGAAGUCAGAACUCAAGGGGGAGCCUGUUCUACUGGGCACAAAGGCCCAGAAUUCCAGGAUUUGCUGACAAGCAGAAUUCUUCUUGGGAGACAUUCCAAGGCAAAGGCCACCCCUACCAACACCUGGGGCCAUGCUCACAGGGUGGGCAAUAGCAGUUCCCAGAACUUCCUCAGCCUAACAAGAUUCUCUGUGACCACACGCGGGAGGUGCGUGAGCCUCCAUGAAAGUGAUGGAUGAUCAAUAAACACCAAUUAACAAGGACCCUCCUUUGGUUUUCUGCCAAAAGGAGCCUUCCAGAGGUGGACUACGUGGUUCUUUCUGCUUACUGACUCUCUGACCCCGAGCCCAGAACAGAAAUCUCCAUUGCCAUCUUCCUCGAAAAGAAACUGAAGCUUUGAGAAUUACCUCCAUGGCUCAAGGACAGAGGAGAGAUCGAGUGCGGACCACAUUCACAUCCAUCCGAGGUCCUGCUACUUUUAACAUCUUGUGAAGAAACUUCAACACAUCUUCAUCUUCAUGCAAAUAUUACUCUAAUUAUGAAGGGUUUAAACACAUCGUUAAAGCAGCAGAGAUCUGGCAGGCCCCUACAGAGCAACACUUGACCAACAGCGGUAUUUAGUAAUUUAAAACAUGCAUUUGAUGAAAUUAUUCUACAAUUCAGAUCGCUCCCAAAUUCAUAAAACUCCAAAUUAACAAACUUUUACUAUAAAUGAAGUGGCAGAAUGCUGUUAGGACAAAAGCUAACAAAUAAAUACCUAUCUAGAAA